GCAAGAUGUGUUUUGAUUAAAAUUGUUGCGAAGUCCGAUCAUCCCUCUAGUUCUCACACCAAUACGAAAGCAAUCAGGCAGGAAAAAGAAGAUAACAACAGGAGUUUCGCCCUUCUUUCUUCGGUUCAUACUCUUUUUCCUGUCUUACGCAUUAACUGAAUGGAAAACCCAGAGGUGAAUCAGUUGCCUGAAGUGGAUUCAUUGCCAGAUGGGUUUGUUGAUAGCCCCACGGAGCCGUUAGCUCCUCAAACCCCAAUUUUGGAACAAGAAAACCGACAAAAGGGUGAUUACAAGGAUGAGUUGGUGUCAAAUGACUUUGAUGCAACCACAGGUGGUACAGGGAAAACUCAGAAACCGAGAACUUUUCCAGUGCCAUUAUCUGAAACAGAUGGGUUUGAAGAACCAGUGGAUUCAGUAGAAGGUGGAUUAGUCAUGCCUGGGUCAAGUAAUUCUGUUUCUGAGGCUGCAGUUGGGGUUUUCAAGUGCAAUGAGGUGAAAGGAGAAGUUAAAGAGGAGUGCCUGAGUACAGAAAGAUCUGUUGAAGGAGGAUCAAACACAAGUUCAACUGAUCUGAAAGGAAUAUCUUCAUCAGAAAAAGUGAAUUUGCUGCAAAACAAAAAGCCUGAAAUUUCUGAAACCAAACGUAAAAGUGCAAAACGUACCUUAAUAUCAGAAAAGGAAGUUCUGGAGUUGUCUUUGAGAUAUCAACAAGUUCUUGCAGAGAGAGAUACAGCUAUUGCUGUUCGGGAUAAACUUGAAUCGCUUUGUCGAGAAUUACAACGCCAAAACAAAAUGCUAAUGGAUGAAUGUAAACGAGUAUCUACAGAGGGGCAAAGCUUAAGAUCAGAUUUAUCUGCCAAGUUUCAGGAUGUCAUCAAGGAUGUGAGCAAUAAGCUAGACGAGCAGAAGGAUGAAUGCCUUUCACAACUAAAGGAAAAUGAGAUGUUAAGAGCUAAAUUGAAGCAGCUUGCUGAUCAAUAUACUCUCUCUGAACAGCAAUAUGCACAGAUGUUAAAGCAGAAGACUUUAGAAGUACAACUUGCUGAGCUGAAAAUUAAGCAACAUGAAGAGAAACUGAUCCAGGAGCAGGCACAGAUGAAGGUAUAUGCAGAACAAGUAUCACAGUUGUUGGCAACUGAAAAGAAUUUGCGCUCGCAGUUGACAGCUGAUGGAGAAAAAUUCCAACAGUUUCAGGAUGCAUUGUUAAAGAGCAAUGAGGUCUUUGAAACCUUUAAACAAGAGAUUGAGAAGAUGACAAAAUCAAUCAAGGAACUCAAGAAGGAAAAUGCAUUCCUGAAGAGUAAAUGCGAGAAAUCAGAUGUUACUCUUAUUGAGCUAGUAGAAGAGCGUGAGAGAUUAAAGAAACAAUUGGAGAAAACUAAGAAUCAGAAGGAAAAGCUUGAGUCAUUAUGCCGAUCACUUCAGGCAGAGAGGAAGCAGAAUUCAGUGGGGAGCAACAGCUCUGAUUCAGUUGCGGUUUGAUUGUAUAACAGAUACAACCAACAAUUUAUCUUCCUUCUAAACCAUCCAAUCCCUUCCCUUAUCAAAGAGAAAUCUUAGAAGAUAUUCAAGUCAUAUUUGAGUGUAACAAACCAUACACAUUUUCACAACCAUUACUGUAUUAUGGAGAAAUUUCUUUAGCUUGUGCAAUUUCUCUGCAUCUGAAUUACAGUAACAUUGGCUCCAAUGGCCCUCCUUUGUUUUUUCAAAAAUAAUGUAAGUUUGGAUGGUCUCCUACCAUCAUAACCUAUCUUAAAUUGCAUUUA